AUGGGGGUGAGUGCAUCCCGGGCCAGGGCACUGCUCUGCACCGUGCUGGUCACCGGCAUGGUCUGUCACCUGUACUCCAGGUUUGGCCGCCCGGCUGUCAACCUCCGCCAGCUGCUGGCACUCAGCAUCAGGGUGGCGGAGGAAGGAGGGAGGGCGCUGGGCGAGGUGCAGAGCUCCGGCUCACUUGGACCCAGGUCCCAGGGCAACAAGCUGCGAACGGACGCCGAGCUGCUGUCCCACAGCAGGAUGACCAGCUUGUUCGGCAACGCCUACCCACAGAUCAAGUAUGAAAUUCCAACUUUAAUCCAGGAAAGCAUUCGCAAUGCUAGGAUCGUGUCACCGGAAAGGAUAACUGUAUGGAUUGAUCCAUUGGAUGCAACCCAGGAGUUCACAGACGACCUGAGACACCUUGUAACCACCAUGGUGUGCGUAGCUGUUGAUGGAAAACCAGUCAUUGGAGUCAUACAUAAACCCUUUUCAAAAUACACAGCUUGGGCUAUGGUCAAUGGUACAUUGAACAUUCAUCCACGGAAAUCCUACAAUGAGAAGACACCUAACAAUAAUUGUCUCCAAAUCCCAUGCAGGAGCAGCGGAACUUACAGCAAAACGGCUUUUGGAAAUGACGCUAUCAUUAUCCCUGCAGGGGGAGCAGGAUACAAAGUUCUGUCACUAUUGAAUGCUGGAGAACACAAACAACCUGACCUUGCAGAUUUGUAUAUCCAUGUGACCUUCAUUAAGAAAUGGGACAUUUGUGCUGGUAAUGCCAUCCUGAAAGCUCUAGGAGGUCAAAUGACAACAAUUGAAGGUGAUACUAUUGAUUACAGUGACUCUCCAUCCAAUAAAGUUGGAGUUGGACUUGUAGCAACAAUAGGGAUGGAUCACUAUGCUCUGCUUGAGCGACUGUCAAGUCUAAAAAGUCUUGCUCUAAAAAAAUGA